AGUUUUGUUUUUCUUUUCGUUUUAAAAAUUUUGUGAAUUUUUCUUUCAAAUUUUAAAAUUUAAUUUUAAUUGGAAUUAUUCGAAAUUAAAAUAUUAAAUAAAGUUUAAAAUAUUGAUAAAAUCACAAUACUCAAAUGAAUAGCAACGGUGAAUAUGAAUUCGAUGAUCAAAAUGAAUCAUCUUUGUGGGAGAAACUUGGUUUCCUCAAGAAAUCACGAAGCUUUGCGACCAAAUCAAUUCACAUGGAUAGGAAGUUUGAAGAAUUUGAGUCCAGCUCAACAUUAUCCUUAAUCAACUUAACAUCAACCUACAAAUUAUUCGAAGCUCACAAUCCAACAAGCUAUCAAUACAGUCGCUUUGGAAAUCCAACAAGGAAUAACCUUGAAAAAUGUCUUGCAAGUUUAGAAAAUUCAAAAUAUGCAGUGACUUAUGCCUCAGGUUUGGGCGCUCAAACUGCAAUAAUUUCAACUCUGAAAAAAGGAGAAAAAAUUGUCGUUGAUUUUGACAUGAAUUUUGACUCAAUUCGAUUGUUUAAGAACUUUACAGGCAAUAUGGCUAUGGAACUUGAGUUUGUGGACUUUUCCGACUUGGAUGCACUUAAAAAUGCUCUAAAAGAAAACACAAAACUUGUCUGGAUGGAAACUCCAUCAAGUCGAACAAUGAAAGUCCUCGACAUUCGUAAAAUUUCUGAUUUUGUGCAUGAAAAUUUGCCAACAGCAAGAGUCGUCGUGGACAACACAAUUCUAUCUUCAUACUUGCAACGUCCACUUGAAUUUGGUGCUGAUGUUGUUGUUUAUUCAAUUAAUAAAUAUGUUCAUGGAUAUUCGGAUGUUGUUAUGGGCUCGAUUGCUGUUAAUGAUGAUAAAGUUCAUGAAAAAUUGAAGUAUCAUCAAGGUGCUAUGGGAAUCAUUCCAUCGCCUUUUGACUGCUACAUGGUCAAUAAAAGUCUCAAGACCCUCUCACUUCGCAUGGAUCAUCACAUGAAAGUGUCUUACAAAAUUGCAAAAUGGCUUGAAAAACAGCCACAAAUCGAAGUUGUUCUUCAUCCAGCACUUCAAUCUCAUCCAAAACAUGAUGUCGCAUGUCAACAAAGCCAUGGACAUUCAGGAGUUUUUGCAUUUAAGCUGAAAAAUCCAGAAAAUGUUGAAAAUUUCUUAAAAAAUUUGAAAAUUUUCCUCAAAGUUGAGAGCAUUGGUGGAUUUGAGAGUUUUAUGAGACGAGCUGAAAAGGUUGAAGGAAUUGAAGUUGAUGGAAAUUUAAUAAAUGUAUCAAUUGGAUUGGAAGAUGCUGAUGACUUAAUUGAAGAUAUCCAGCAGGCUUUGGAUGGAAGGAGUGAAGGAAGUAAUGGGGAUAAGUUGGAAUUUUACUAAGAUUGUUGAUUUAAGUUGUUGUAAUAAAAUCAAGGAAGAGCAAGUUGGUUAAAACACAAAACCCUUCUUACUGGAGAACCAAUCCUUUAGCCGGUUUCUCUUUAAUUUUAAUUUUUGUGUGCCUUUUCUGGCGAACCCCAAUAAAUAAAAAAAAAUUUGUCCAA